AUGGUCAUGUAUCAUCUCUUCCUCCUUUUAUCCUGUCUAAAGCUGAAAAGAGAUAUGCAUGUGAAUUCGUAUGCUAGUAUAGUUAAAGGUUCUCCGGUGAAUAUGGUCAAUCAAACUAUAAAGGAGUGCAUUCAUCCUGCCUCGGGUGAUUAUGUGGUGAAUAUGAAGAAUGAUGAUGGUGCUAAUCAAGAAAAAUCUGGGUCUGCUGCUAUUUCGGCAUCGGAUGUGGUUGUUGCUACAUCUUCGGUUGAGGGUCCGGUUAAAACUACUAAUGGUGGUCAAGUGGAUUCCGACCAUCAAUUUUCUUCUAAACCGGUGGGUUUUACGGGUGCUUUUGGGAGUAUGUCAGGAGUGUAUGAUUCAGAAGAGUCUAUUUCUCAUCCAUCGAGUUUUCCCAACCAAAAUUAUAAUUCUUUUGGAGCUAAAUCUUUCUUCUCGAAUGGUUCUUUUACAAAUGUUAUUCAAGUUGAUGAGUUUCAAAAUUAUAAUUCUUGUGGUUUGCCUCCCACCUUCUAG